AUGGCGGCGAGUGUAGCUCCACUGUCGCCUCCUGCGCGGCCUCUCGUGGUCGUCCUGGGGUCUACAGAUGAGCCGUGGGUCGUGGAAGAUUUCAAGCGCGAAGCCGUGUUACGAAUCCAGGAGAUCCGGGCCCGCGGUAAUCUCCCUAUCGUCGUGGGCGGAACUCACUAUUAUACGAAUGCGCUCCUCUUCGAAGAUAUACUUGUUGAGGCGGAAGAGGACAAAGAUUCAGAAUACCCUAUCCUCGACGAGCCUACCGAGGUUAUCUUAGCCAAGUUGAGAGAGGCCGACCCUGUCAUGGCUGAUAGGUGGCAUCCCAAUGAUAGAAGGAAGAUUAGGCGGUCCCUACAGAUUUUCCUGCGUAGCGGCCAGCGCGCUUCGGAGAUAUAUCUGGAACAGCGCAAUAAGGGCUCCGCCUCCGAAGAAGGCGCAAAGGGAACGAGGCGCGAGCCCUGGGAAUCGCUUCUUCUAUGGGUACAUUCUGAUUCUGAGGUUUUGAAAACAAGGCUCGACGUCCGCGUAGACAAGAUGGUAGACACGGGGCUUAUGGAUGAAGUCCACGACUUGUACCAAUAUCGCAAGGAACAGCGGGCCGUUGGAAAAGAAGUUGAUCUGACUCGCGGUAUCUGGCAGUCUAUCGGGUUUAAGGAGUUCCAGGCCUAUCUUGAAGCCGUAGACGGCGCAGAUCUGGCCGACGUCUCCAUGGAGCAGAGGGAGAAAGCUCUUGCCAAACUCAAGGCUGAUGCUAUAGCUGAUGUCAAGACGGCCACUCGGCGAUACGCCGGGUAUCAAACCAAGUGGAUAAGGCGCAAAGUCAUACCACUGCUGAAACAGCAGCAUCCCGAUGCUCAAGAUCACCUCUUCGCGUUUGAUAGCACUGAUGUGUCCGCAUGGGCUAAGAAUGUCGCGAGCCCCGCCGCUGAUGUCACAAGAGCAUUCCUCGCGGGCGAAACUCUUCCCCGCCAACGAGUUUGUCAGAUGCCGCAAAGCAAGUUCUCGAAGGUGCCAGCGAUGCUACCGAGUAUGUUGCGUACACUUGAUCUCGUGGCUCCUCGCAAUACAGGCGUGCAGUACCUCUUCAACGUUAGCCUCAGGUGCCAAGAUCCUGUUGCUCUCGACUCCUACGGAAUUCAUUGA